CUGGGUCAUCUUGUCUGCCCGCCGCUGGCCUGGCCCCGUCUGUCUCUCUCAGCAGCUGUCUUUCUCGCGCCCACUGGCCGGUCUCUCCUCUUCCCCGCAGUCGCCUCCUUCUCUGCCUGCCUGGGUGGCCGCCAUGGGCCGGAAGCGGCUCAUCACUGAUUCCUACCCGGUUGUGAAGAGGAGGGAGGGGCCCGCUGGGCACAGCAAGGGGGAGCUGGCACCCGAGCUAGGGGAGGAGCCCCAGCCCCGCGACGAGGAGGAAGCGGAGCUGGAGCUGCUGAGGCAGUUUGACCUGGCCUGGCAGUACGGGCCCUGCACCGGUGAGAACCUACCCAGCCCCACGGAGGUGCCUCUCCCAGACAGUCCCGUCACCCACAUGUCUCUGAAGUCACCCAAGCGCUUGUGUGACUCUGACCCUCAGGCACUGUCUCCCCCAAACACACACAUUCUCCAGCUCAGACUCUACCCCACCCCCCACAAGGCUCCAGAGUCUUCUUCCCACCCUGGCAGGGAUCACACGGCUGCAGCGCUGGUGUCGGGCCAAGCAGAUGGGCUUGGAGCCUCCCCCAGAGGUGUGGGAGGUGCUGAAGACCCACCCUGGAGACCCCCGCUUCCAGUGCAGCCUCUGGCAUCUCUAUCCCCUAUGAGGCACCAUGUAUGACCUCCUGCCCUUGGCUGUCUUGCUCAUUACCCAAGAAUCUCAGGACAGAAGCAAGAGCCCAUUGCUCCUGCUCAGCUCAGCCCCGCUGCGGAGGAACCCUUGGCAGGCAGAACCUGGAGGUGUCAGAGGCUCAACUCCUCCAUCUAACCAGCAGGCUCCCAGAGCCCCCCUGGAAGAGCCUGCACAGCUGAAGCAGAGUGCUUCUAGAUGGAGAGUGGUCACUGGGGAAAAGGACCUGGCCAUCACCUUCCAAUACCUGCUGCCUGUCUCCCUGACCCAUGGUGUGGCAAGUUAGGCACAGCCAGACAUGGACAGUUGAUCCAUGAGGCAAAGAUGCUGUCCUACCUAUAGCUAGGAAUCAGAGCAGGACUGGCUGAGCUCCCAGGGCAAGGGGUUCACUAAUGCUUACCAAUAAAGAAUAUUAAGCCUGGAA